AUGCUAUUCUCUUCCAUAGCCAGCUUCGUGCUGGCUGGUGUCACAGGGCGGCCCUCACAGCAUGCCGGCAUCAGCGACCGGCUGCAGCCGACCGUCGAGAGCGCCCGCGCCAGAGCUCACCCCAUCUUUCGAGCCAUCAACAACGCUGGCCGCCAAUGGGGCUCUGCCAUGAAUCACAAUGGAUUCAGCUUCUUCCCCGCGAUCAUUCCUGCUGGCACCGUCAUGUAUCAUGGCAGCCGCUCGGAGGAAGCACCCAAGACAUUUGAAUGGCUGGCUUUCGAGAUUGAACAUGCCGAAGGCUUCGCAAUAGACGUCGACUUUGUGCCCCCGCGCGAUCCCAAGAAGGGCGAUGAAGACAAGGCAAAAGGAAAAGACAUGUCUGCAGCGCAAAAGAUUCUGCGCCGAAGCAACAAUACGGAAGACGAUGGCAAAUGGCGCAAUAAGCCAGGGUAUGUUCAGACCCAUCAAGCGACCAAGGACCUGCACGUGCUGUAUAUCGACGGCAUGUCUGCAGGGAAAACGAACAUGGGAACGAUGGACGCCGAGCUCUACGUCUUGUAUGGAAAGAAAAAUGAGCAUUUCGAAGAUGGCGAGUUUACUCGGGCAAAAGUGAUAUGUGACCUUCUGCAGGAAUGGGGAUACGAUGGCUACGUUCGCAUGGAAGUCGGCUUCGAAUAUGUUCACUGCGACUUCUCCAAAGAUCUUCAGCUGAUUUCCAGUCUGGCGGUACAUAGUCGCAAAGGCGUAGUCAGCGACUCAAGCAUGGUCUUUUUCCAGUGGACUAGGGCCGUAGCAGAAGACUAUGACGGAAUAGGCUCGGAUCGCCUCAAGAUUGACUACUCAUCCGUGAUAUCCGGGCUCUUUUAUCCACUCAACAUCACGACCAUGGACCCUGAGCGGCCAGAUCUGAUGCGUCUGGCAACGGCGGGGAUGCACGACUUGCAGAAGCUCAAAACAGAGGUAGAGCUCAUGGCGCGCCAGCCACGACGAUUUACGGCCGACUGGCAGGCAGUCACGGAUGCCAUUGUUAGACGCUGGGCGAAUAGGCUUGCCUUCAUGACAUCGGACGACAUCAGUGAAGCGUACCUCGUUGACGAGUUUGAAGCGGCAUCGAGGACGUACAUCAGCGCGCCCGAGCCAAAAGAUUCGAAAGCACCGCUGGAUCCAAAACAUCUGGAAGAAGCAGUCUCGAGAUGCAUUGCGCAUCACAUCCUCCCCGCGACAUUUCAAAAACCACAGUGGUCAAGAGAAGAUGAGCUCAUUGCCGCGGCUCUCGAGGUCGUGAUGAGUGACAUUUGCACAGUGAUUCUCGAGUCUUAUAAUGCCUUGCGCGCUGCCGUCGAGAAAGAUGUAUCGCAGGGUAGCGAUGCAUCGGCACUUCACGUGAGCAAGGUAGUAGAGAAGGCUCACCAAGAUGUCAAGAAUUUGGGAGCUGCUCUCGGCUGGAGCCAGUGGAAACAGGUUCGACGCUGCCCACCAGGCGAGUUGAUGUUUACCGUCAUGUGGCCUUUCGGCAAUAAUGAGGACUACUACAACCCUGGAUGCCAGCCUAUUGAGAAGAUCAACAGCGGUCGAGACAAUUAUUUUAGGAGCCACUUUCCGGGCGGCCACGGGCCGGGGAAGCUUCCUGGAAGGAACGAUUGA